UGUCCGUUUGUACAUCUUUGGUUCAUUCAACUCUUUUACAGCCUUGAUACUGCAUAUUAUUCUGCAGUUGUGCUUUUAACAAUGAGUACUUUUUCAGGAUUAGUUGAUUGAACUAUUAUAUUACAUGUAUUCAUGUUCCAAAUGAAAAUAUUUUAAUUACAAGUAGCAGAGAGUUGUGAUGCAUGUGCAUCAAACUAAACCCUACUGAUGAAUCUUUAACUUUGUAACUUCACCAUCCCCAUGCUCCAAAUUCCAGUGAUGAUGAAUGUUCCUGUUCUAACCCAUCUAAAUGCAAAGAACAAACCAAUUGUCAUUAUUCUACGUGUGUUCCGUCCAGUGUUACGAUAACUACCGCUAUCGUAGUUUCGUAACCGUUAGCCAGACAACGUCGGAGACACGACUGCCGAUGAUCGACGUGUCCACCACGGUUCUGGAGACGACAAAAGUUCGAGUUAAGAGGCCAUGGAUCAAUCUCGUGGAUGCAAAAAUACCAUCAGCGUCCGCAGCCAGAGGGUUGCAGCAACUUUUUCGAGCAUUUCCUACAGUGAAGAAGCUGUGGAUAGAAAACGAACCGCAAUAAAGUUUACAACGUGGCCCCGUGUAUUUAUAGCUGGUCAUUUCCACGGGGAUCCUCUCGUAAUUUCCGAACCGAACGACUCCGUGUCCGAACAACGCUGCAACGGAAACUCGCAAUUAGGGAGGCAGAUAUUCUUGCAGAUUUCUGUAACAUGCCAUAAUGAACGCUCGAUAUCUCGCAGAGUUCCUGAAAGCAUAGAAAAUUGCGGAAUAUUUUAUCGUCCAUAUUUCAUGAUCCGCCUAUUCCUCAAGGUCCUCCAGACAAAUGUGAACCACCCUUGGUUGAUCGAAUGCGUUUUAAUAAUUGAACGACUUACAUAGUUUCAUAUCUAACCUAGGCCUCCAACGUCUAUUUUCACCUAACUAUUUGCAUGAUAGUUCAAGUUGAAGCUGCUGUGUCCAUUGAUCAACCGAGCGAUCGUAUACCUCAACGCGACGUGUCAAGUUCAAACUGACGUAAUGUCGAACCCACGUGGACGAUGACCGAGACAUGCCAGACGAAAGAAACGCGAUCGAACAUACGAUGCGUCUGAAUAUACAUAACAGUUUAGACAUCGGUUUCGAUCGGUGCUGGAACGUGUACUAUAGGAAAAACCACCACCCAACAGCGAAGCAACCCUUGCGAUAUGUCAGUCGCGUGCCGUCUGUAGUUGCUGUUGCACGAGUUUCCGUUAUCUGUCGCGGUUCGCGUUAGCAUAACGUCAUUGACUGGAAGUCUAAAGAGGGUUCGAUGGGAUAGCAAAUGAUUUAUUGGAACCAUUUGCAGAAGUACGGGUGACGGGAGAUUUUUGAAUCAUCUAUGAAAAUUCGAAUGUAAGUGGGAUUCAUCGGGUAAGGUUUUGAGAUGUGUAAAGACUUUCAUGUGGUCAUCGACAGGGUUGUAGGCGAGGAAAAUUCUUGGAAGUGGCAAUAUUGCUACACAUGACGACAUAACGCGUGACGGUGUAACACGUAGCGAUCUAGCGCGUGGUUUUAUAAAUUAUUCGCAUUAGAAAUUUUCUGAAUACAAAUUCUGUGUACUUAAAUUACUGAAAUAUAUUGUAAACGGUAUUUCAAUUCGACAUUGUAAUAUAGCAGCGUUAAACCUCGCAGUUAUCAAAAUGUAUCUGCUAUUAGGGUUAUAGUAGACGUAAUAUUCUAAUUAUAACUUUCUGUUAUGCGCAACAAAAUGACAUAAACAUUAAUGGCAAUUUUAUUCUCGCGAUUAAAGUAGAUGUAACGCGACUUAGUUCCUUUAUUUUCUUUCUAAUAAUUUCUCUGUUUGUAAAAAGAGCGUCAGUAGAAAGCAAAAUCGUCUAAUUAACAACGUAAUACGCCACAACAGAGUUGUUUUAUUUGUUCAGAAACUAUUUUGCUCGCUCAUUAAUUUCGAACAUUAUCAUCGGCCCAGAAAAACCGUCUUGAUAUUUGACCGAACGUUCUACGAAGCGGACAACGAUUCUAUUUGCCAAUCUGAUUAACUUUCACUUUCAGCGUCUUAACUACCGCGUUUACGUUAAUUCUCGUAAAAACGAAAGGUGUAAAACGAACGAACCGAAACGAAGUCGCGGAACAACUGUCUUACGUGUAUUUCUACAUUUCUUUCAACUUUUUGACGCGAAUCGUGUAAAAACCGGAACGGAGGAAGCUUGCCGAAACAUUUCUCGACUUGAACUGCCAAAAAAAUCUACAUACUUUGUAUAAUCUGAAACUGGUAGAAUUCCGAAUUUAUUAAUUCGUUUUACUGUAAUUACACCGAGUAAUUUAGAUCAUUUAAAUACUUAAAGCGUUUAAGUGAAAUAAAUUCGAAAUGCUAAGAAUACUCGAAUUACCUGAUUGGAUCUGAAUAUUCAUGAUUCGUUCAUAGAUGACGAAUGUUUCGGAAUUUCUAAUCGAAUCGCAACCAUUCAGUGAAUAAAACUUUCGCUUCGGUUGCAACAACUAGUAAUUAUCAUUCCAUAUAUAACGCAGCUAAUUAACUGAUCUAGUGGUGUAUACAUUUUUGCCAGUUAGCUUUCGCUAUUGUGAAUCGAAGAAAAUGAACCAUUUCACUUCUCGAUCCUCCAUCACGGACAGCUUCGAUUGUCCGCGAUGAUUUGGUAUGUUUCGUGUGAAUGACACCGAUCGCACAAUUGAAAAUCAGCGAAACCUUGUUAUAUUCGAGCCUUAUACAUGAUUUAUGAUUUUCAAUUUCUAUUAUCGUAAUUGAUAUUACAUUCAAGACGAACUGAAUAGCAACUCUUUGGGUCACGUAAUCGAGGAUCAGAAACAUUUUACGAAUGAUUUAUGAUGUUUAUCCACUUCGAGUGAGUGGAUCAGAAACAAUUGAAGAUCAGUGAAACCCUGUUGCAUUCCAACUGAUCUAUAAAUUAAUUUCUCUUGAAAUGUUAUUUUGGUUUCUAUCGCAAUAUUAUGUACAUUGAAAGUGGACGAAUGGUGCUAGUGAAAAAUCCGUCGCCUUCUCGAGGCGAGAGUCCCCAGAAAGAGAAUGCGAAGAAGGAUAAAAGAAAGAGUCGCAUGUCUCGUGGCAAUAGUCCAGGAGACCAAACUACGUCCAGAGGAAAUAGUCCAGGAAAGAAUAAUUCCAUUGCCAAGAGAGUCCAGACAAAGAGUAGUUUACUCGGAUCACGUGGAAGCGAAACUGGUAGCAUCGAAAGGUUGGUGGACGGUGACAAAAGGGUAAUCGCUACGAAACAUUUACUUCCAGAAAACAACAUCAAUGUGGUGGUCAGGGUUCGUCCGCUUAGCAACAAAGAAAUUAAAGUCGGCGAAGAUAUGGCGGUGCAAUUUCCUGGAGAUGGACAGAUAUACUGCGAAGGAUCACCGAACAGUGGGGACAAGAAGGGCAAAUUAUUUUCGUACAACGUGGUGUUCGAGCCCACGGCCACUCAGGAAGAUAUAUUGCAGUUUUCUGGUGUGAAGAAGUUGAUUGAAAUGGCGGUGGAGGGAUUCAAUUGCACUGCAUUCUGUUACGGACAAACAGGAAGCGGGAAAACUCACACUCUCACAGGACCUCCGGAAAUGUUCGAAAAGAUGAAUCCUUAUUCAGAGGAUCACGGUCUGGUCUUCCGGUCUUUCGUCUACCUGUUCAAACUACUACACGAGCGUCACGGCUGUAACUUUGUACUGAAAGCCUCUUUUCUAGAAAUCUAUAACGAAAAGGUAAUAGAUUUAUUAAACCCGGGAACGUCGAGGAAACCUCUGAUGGUCCGUUGGAGCAAAAAAACGCGAGGGUUCUUCGUCGAGAAUCUCUUCACCGUCGAAUGUGAAGAACUUGAUGACCUUUUGGCGGUCCUCGAAGAAGGGAUGAGAAACAGAUCUGUCGGUGCGCACAACAUGAACGAUCAUUCCAGCAGAAGUCACAGCAUCCUCACUGUGACUAUCACUUCCGAGCAACAAAUGGAUAACAGCGUAUUCAUUUCGAGACAAGGGAAGAUCAAUUUCGUCGACCUGGCGGGUAGUGAAAUGACAAAGAAGACCCAAAGUGAAGGGAAAACUUUGGAGGAAGCGAAUAACAUUAACAAGAGCCUCAUGGUUCUAGGUUACUGUAUAUCUUCGUUGAGCGAUGGAAAACGCAAGUACGGCCACAUUCCAUAUCGGGACAGCAAGCUGACCAAACUUCUAGCCGAUAGUUUAGCAGGAAACGGAGUUACGUUAAUGAUUGCUUGCGUGUCACCGGCACGAUCAAACGCUAGCGAGACUUUGAACACUUUGAGAUAUGCGGCAAGAGUGAAGAAAAUUCGCACGAAACCUAUCGUAGUUAUGGAUCCACGCGAGGCACUGAUUCUUAGUUUGAAGAGAGAGGUAGGUGCACUGCAGACUGAGAACGAACACCUGAGAGCUGCUCUUCAUCUGAAUGGAGACCCUUCAAAUAUAAUUCGUAGCGAGUCCAAGACUGAAAGAAAAGUGCCAUUAACACCACCAGUCGUGGACCUAGACAAGUUGUCUGAAAUGGAGCGACCAGAAUUGAGUCAGCUAAUUCACGCGUACAUCACCGAGAACGAGGCACUUAGACGAGAGAACGCGGAACUGUAUGCCACCAGGGAGCAAGUAAUAAGGGACCAGGAACUCGUUUGCAAAGAGAACGAGAGAUUGUUGAAGAAACUCGAGGAUGUUAACUCGUUUUAUUACUGCAGAGUAUGCUGUCGGUCGCCAAUCAUACCUGCCAGACCCACAUACUCGGCGGAAGUGCUGAAUGACAGCAAUGAAGAUGCACCUGGCGCGACAAACGUUUGGACCAAUCCUAAUGCGGAAUCUGUACCUUCUUCGAGCAGUAUGAUCAGAAGAGAACUUUAUAAAUCGGCCAGCAACAUGCCUGAGAAGAUACAAAAAGAACUGGACAAACGCAGAAUUGUGGGGAGUUAUAAUAACAUAGCAGAAGCAUACAAAGAUAAGAGUCAACAUCGUCGACACAAUUCAUGGGACAAUGGAAAUGGAACGACGAGGAUAAGCCCUGAUCAAACUAUGUCACCGAUACACGUCAAUCAAUACAAAAAGGCAAGCAUGCGACGUACAUCGACGGUCCCCGAGGAAAGGAGGCCCUCAGAAACUAACGAUCUCCUGGGUGAACCUGUUCAGCCAACGGAUCAUUCCUACAACGGAUCGCCAGACUCGAUUCCCAGCAGUGGUGGACUGGACAUGACGACUUCUGCACCGGAUACGAUGGAGUCCGAGACCAGCACCGCACCAUUUCCGGCAGUUUCGUCGCCGUUUGGCACCCCGGAACUCAAUGACGUAGUUCAUUCGUUAGAUUCACCGAGAAAGUCGAAGGAGAAGGAAGAUGAAACCACGCAACGAGCAUUUGGGAGUCCGGUUCCCAUUGAUGAAGACAAACCACUUUGAAAGUAGUCAAUAAUGUAUUUUUAAUGAGCCAACGUGGACCAAAACGAUGGAUACUGGAUCGUUCGCACGAUCAAUCGAGUUGGAAUGGAGUAUAGUUUGGAUGAUAAGAAAGAAAUUAUUUUGAUGUUAUGUACGAGAGUAGCGUUGAUCGAUGUUGGAGUGUGUACUCGUGGUUUGAAGUAACGAAACAGUAAUAUCGUGUUUUCAGAAUGACAAAAAUGCGUAGUACUAUGUAGAGAAAUUAUUUUCAUGUAGAGUAUGCUAAUUAGGAGAUUUAGACGUGGUAACCGAAAAUUAUAUUUAAACAUAACUAUAUCACUAAAUUGCUCAGGUUAUCAUUGAAUUCUACCUCUGAAUUGUGUAAAACAGAAUGUUCUACAAAUGGAAGUGUGGACCAAAUUAUGUGCAAUAAAGUAUUGGAUUAUUUUAUGA